AUGAUCGUGCAUGUAUUACCAUGCGCUGCUGCGUUAUUUGUCCGUUUGGAGAAGAUGGAGAUUGCACACAGCGAGAAUGGAGGCGAUUCAACCGAAAUGCCAGCUAGUAAUGUUGCCCUGUCACUCUCAGGGGCUCAAAAGCUCAGGUUUGGAGUCGACAAAGAUCGAGUGGUAGCAAUGAUUUACUCGCACACUCAAUUAAAAGGGAAGAAUAAAUUGAUGUCGGCAUUGCUCAGUGCUAUCGAGAAACGCGGGAUGCACUUGGUCACUCCUCUUGUCAACAAUCUACGAGAGAUCGGCAACAUGUUUCACACCGAUGACGUUUGUAAUCAAGCUAGGCAGCUUCUUCUGCGAAAUAGUCGAAUUGUUUGGGAUAUUGAGAAAGUGAAACUGGCAGAUAGAAACAUGAAAGAAGUGCUCUCGGUCAGUGACGCAGUAGCCAGGUUGCGAUCUCUCUUCGAAAACAUGAUGAAUAACGGCAUGAAUCCGAAGGAUUUGUGCAGUUCUAGUCCAUGGGUGCACAAGGUCAUUCAUGAAUUCUUUUUCGAUGAGAAGCUGGCGGACUUCGCCAUCCGUGCAUAUAUAAGUCUACAUUUCGCAUUCGAUGACAUUACUUGCACGGAAUUGCCCUGUGCUAACUAUCAUGCCAAGGUGUAUGACUUCUUUGUCAAGGACUCCAAUCUCGUACAUUACAUCAUCCCACUCAGUCCGAAUAGCAACCAAUAUCUCUCUCUCGUUAAAAUCAGUGUGAAUCGUGGCAACCUUAUUCGUACGCUAACACAAGAAGUUCUGAUUGACUCCAUCGUGAGCAGUUUCUCGGAAUACGGAAUCAAGUCAAAUGGUAUUCGAUCGCAACUUCGCGUGACAUUGCUAGUGAAUAUAGUUCAACCUAUUACUAGGAUGGAGUCAAAAAACAGUUCUCGUGAAGCCCAAUUGGAAGAACUUCCUGAACAUUCGGAACAUGAUGAUCUUCUAGUCACUGAAGCAGAAAAUGCUUCCAGUGUUAUUUCAGCUGCUCUCUCACAGAAGCUCACUGCUGUCGACAUUCUCACUCACGUCCUUGUAUGCAAUUCGCUCAAGCCACUCAUGCAGGAUAAUCUGCGUGCCUUCAAUGUCGUAAACACAGUCAAUGCUUGGUUGACUAUUGUUGAGAUUCAUCCCAAUAUGAAUUGA